AUAUACAAAAUCAAAUCACGAAAUCGUAAUAAACAUUAUAUAUCACUCCUAUUAAUCGUAGUAUACAACUUCCCUUCUAAUAUGGAAGAGUUCAGAAAUGAUAUUCAGAAAGUACUUAAACCUACAGCUGCUUUCUCACAGCUGAACUCAAAUAUGGAACUAUUUACCAGUUUCUCUGAAUUGAAUCAGCCUUUGAGUUCUCAUAUACUAGAUUAUUUCUCAAGCAAUAACGUUAUAAACAAUGCAGAUACUAAUCAACCACCAUACUCGAAUGAGCAGCUCGAGUUUACUUUCGUCGAAGAUAGUGCCAUUGCUCAUAGCUUACUCUGCGUUUCUGAUCAAACACAUUCUACUGCCGUACAAUUAUCUUCUGAUUUCGGGAGUGAGGCUGGUCCAAACAAUCGGAUAGACCAAAAUAAUAGUACGACAGGGAAAAAGAGGAAGAGAAAAGAUGAAGUUGAAGUGGAGAAGCCAAAAGACGUAAUUCAUGUAAGAGCUAAAAGAGGGCAAGCUACUGACAGCCAUAGUCUAGCAGAAAGAGUUAGAAGGGAACGAAUAAACGAGAAGCUGAAAGUGUUGCAAGAUUUAGUUCCUGGGUGUUACAAGACAAUGGGAAUGGCUGUUAUGUUAGAUGUAAUUAUCAAUUAUGUACGAUCUUUACAGAAUCAAAUCGAGUUUCUUUCCAUGAAGCUUUCAGCAGCAAGUAUGUUUUAUGAUUUCAACUCUCCUGAAGCUGAGGCGAUAGAAACUCUGCAGAGGACAACAAACCCUUGUGACGCUGAGGAGACUGAGAGAGUGGCGAAAGAAGGGUAUGGAGGAAUGCUCCCUAAGCUUCAUUCAUCAUGGCCCUUUUGACUGCAUCCUAUUUGUUUUAUAAGCUCAAACAUGGCCUCAAAAUCUCAGAAUUUUACCUUUUACACUAGUUUUGUUUUUAAGAUUUUCUGAAUAAAUGCUUUUCGCUUAUGAUGAAUCUUAACAAGUAUAUAUAGAAUAUAUACAGUCCCAUUGAACUAUACAAGUUUGACUAACUUGCGAAGGAAAAAAAAAAUAGGAACGAGUCUUAUACCAUAAUUACAGUUAGUAAUCUUAAAGCUUAAUUUGUUACUCUAUACUAUCACACAAGUCAAUGAUAUUCUAUAUGAUCUUUCUGUAUUUUUACCAGUAAUUGGAUAAGAGUACUUAUAUUUCUUUUAUAUAUCAGAAAAUUACAAAAGCAUCA